AUGGAGCCGGGGCUGCUGCGGCCGGCGCCAGUGAGCGAGGUCAUCGUCCUGCAUUACAACUAUACCGGCAAGCUCCGUGGCGCGCGCUACCAGCCCGGCGCGGGACUGCGCGCCGACGCCGUCGUGUGCCUGGCGGUGUGCGCGCUCAUCGUGCUCGAGAACUUGGCCGUGCUGUUCGUGAUCGGGCGCCACCCGCGUUUCCACGCGCCCAUGUUCCUGCUCCUGGGCAGCCUCACGCUGUCGGAUCUGCUGGCCGGCGCCGCCUACGCCGCCAACAUCCUGCUGUCGGGGCCACUCACCCUGCGACUGUCGCCCGCGCUCUGGUUCGCGCGUGAAGGCGGCGUCUUCGUGACGCUCGCCGCGUCCGUCCUGAGCCUCCUGGCCAUCGCUCUCGAGCGCAGCCUCACCAUGGCGCGCCGGGGACCCCCC